AACUUUAUAUCUGGAUCUUAAAGAAGCUGUAAUUUGAAGGAGACUAGUGAAUAGCGUGCUCCAUUAUGAGAAGACAUUCACCAACGUAAAACAGUCUGGAAGAAGAUAUCUCUAAGAAAAUCAAAGAACAUAGAAUCCUUUAAUAAAACAGAAGACAUUUAGAAUUUCAUAAGCUUUUGGCUAUUGGGGCCUUAAAAAAAAUGAACCGUUACACAAUCAUGAAACAACUAGGUGAUGGCACCUAUGGCAGUGUGUUGAUGGGGAAGAGCAAUGAGUCAGGAGAACUUGUGGCUAUCAAAAGAAUGAAAAGAAAGUUCUAUUCAUGGGAUGAAUGUAUGAAUUUGAGAGAAGUCAAGUCUCUGAAGAAGCUAAAUCAUGCCAAUGUAAUAAAAUUGAAAGAAGUCAUACGAGAAAAUGACCACCUUUACUUUGUAUUUGAAUACAUGAAGGAAAAUCUCUAUCAGUUAAUGAAGGACAGAAACAAGUUGUUCCCUGAGUCAGUCAUCAGAAACAUGAUGUAUCAGAUAUUACAAGGGCUAGCUUUUAUCCAUAAACACGGAUUUUUUCAUAGAGAUAUGAAGCCUGAAAACCUUCUGUGUAUUGGACCAGAACUUGUGAAAAUAGCAGAUUUUGGUUUGGCUAGAGAACUAAGAUCUCAGCCACCUUAUACAGAUUAUGUUUCUACCAGGUGGUACCGUGCUCCUGAAGUUUUGCUAAGAUCGUCUAUUUAUAGCUCACCUAUUGAUAUGUGGGCAGUUGGCAGCAUAAUGGCUGAAUUAUACACACUAAGACCUCUUUUCCCAGGCACAAGUGAAGUAGAUGAAAUCUUCAAAAUUUGCCAAGUAUUAGGGACUCCAAAGAAGAGUGACUGGCCAGAAGGAUACCACCUUGCUUCUGCCAUGAAUUUCCGUUUCCCACAAUGUGUCCCUAUAAGCCUAAAAACUCUCAUCCCAAAUGCAAGCAAUGAAGCCAUACAGCUUAUGAGUGAUACGCUGAACUGGAAUCCAAAGAAGAGACCUACAGCAAGUCAGGCUUUGAAGUACCCUUACUUUCAAGUUGGCCAAGUUUUAGGACCUCCUCCACAGUAUCUGGAGAAGCAGACUACUAUUAAACCAGUUCAGCCAACAGAGCCAAAGCCAGCUUUACCUAAACUGGAAGCUAUAUCCAAGCCAGAAGCUCUGUCUUCACCUGAUGUACCUGACAAAACACAGCCACAGCCCUUGUCAAAGGUUAACCACCAGCCUCUCCAGCAAAUUCAGUUGCCUCAAAAUACAGCUAACCAGCAAGUACCAAAACAACAGCAGCCACAGGCACAACCAUUUUUUCCAACUAUUAAUAAAAACUCAUCACCGAAACAAGCAGCUAGUGGCCCUCAGAAUGGUGCAGUAGGUCCUAAAAGCUGCAGAAGACGAUGGGGUCAGACUUUGGUAAAGGCUGUGGAUAGCUGGGACGACUUGGAUGAUACUGAAUUUGGAAUGUCAUGUUCAAAGAAGCCUAGCAUUGCACUGUUAAAAGAAAAGAAAAACAAGGAAUGUCUUUUUAGUGUGCCAGAACCAAAAGCUUCAUGCUGUAUCCUGCCAGGAGGGGAAAAUAAGGUUCUGAUGAGAAAUGAUUCAGGAAGAUCAAAUACAUCAGCAAAACAGUACUAUCUAAGACAAUCAAGAUAUCUACCUGGUGUAAACCCUAAGAGUGUCUCUUUAGCAGCAGUCAAUAAAGAAGGAUCACAUGGAACCUGGAACAACCAGUUGUUUUCUAGACCGCUGGCACACACUGGAGGGGGAGUGACUUUCAACAGAAAUACUACAGAUGAGAACUUACUUAUACCUAUUGAAAAGCUAUCAUGCAAAGAAAGGUUGAAUGAAAAAUUAGAGGAUCCAAAAGGAAAUCCUGGCUUUGUAAGUGGUGCUGCUUACAACCCAUCAGGAGUAUAUAUUCCUUCCUUUCAUAAAAAAGAAGUUGGAUCAACUGGACAACGGAUACAGCUAGCUCCUCUUGGUGCACCUGUAUCAGAUUAUUCCUGGAAAACCAAAGCUGCUCGUGCUCAGUUACCAGGUCCUACUUUCAAUUCAGCAGCAAAAAACAUGAAUAUUUUAACUCGCCCACCAACAAUUCAGCCAGUACAUGGAAGAACAGACUGGGUGGCCAAAUACGGAGGAAACAGAUAGAAAAUGCCAUCCUGUAUAGAUAUUAUGUGAGCUGUGUUCAGUUCUCCUGCACUGGAAACCUGAAAUGCCUAUUUGCUCUAACUUUUCCUAAGACUAUGCAAUAGUAAAGAAGAAAAAAAGACCUUGUGUUCUAUUACCUGUAUAAUACAUAUAAUACCACGUAAAAUACUGGCUAUAAAGUAGGAUUUAUUGAAGUAUCGUGUAACACAUAUUGCCAAAACUACUGAGAAGUAGAUUUCAUUCGACAUUUUUCUAUAGAUGGAUCUCCUAUCCUCGUACUCUUAGAACAACUGUUACGGUUGUUUGCCCAGUGCAACGUCCCCUAUUGGCAUAUGCUUGAAGCACACAAGCAGCUAGAAGCAGGGCUAAAGCAGAGCAGCACCAGGCUUUCCGGUAUGAGGCUGGUUCCUUACCAGAAAGGUGAGAGUGAAAGCACAGAUCGGGCUUUGUGAAGAACACCAUGCUCUCCUACAAGGAUUUCAGAACUCACUUGUACCUAAGAGUUACUUAGGGUCUAUAAUGUGCAAAUAUUCAUAAUAGCAAUGAGAACUUAACUCCUUGUAGUAGGACAUAAGCAAUCCACUGAUAAAUACUACACAAGGAAGGUCUAAAAACUUGGCCCAUAUAUGGCUAUAGAAUGAUACAGCAAUAUUGGAAAAUAGCUAAACAAGUACUGAAUGCUAGACUUACCUCGCCAAGCUGUAGUGAAGCCUAAAAAUUAGAUUCUACUGUUAAAAUUAACUUAUGGCCAUUUUUGGUCGAAGAUCUGUGGAGAUUUAUAUCUGUCCUGUCAAGGGAGUGUCACAGUGACUUUUUAAGGAGCCUGAAUCACUGCAGUCUGUCAGUCAUUUUAAGGGUGAAUUAGCAAAAAAGGCAUAAAUUAUCAGUAAACUCCUGUUUCUACAUGUCUUUAUUGGGUGAUCAAACUAAACUACAGAAGUUGAAUAAGCUACAUGAGGGAGGAUAUUGGGCUGUUCUUCAAAGACGUUGCUUUCUGGUUUAGAUCUUAAAGGCCAACUUAGGUACCUGAAAACACACACAAACUUUAAUAAUGCAAUACCUCACUGUUUAUAUGCUCAUUCAGUACUUUCCCUGGCUUCUACACUAAGUUUUAUAGUAAUAUCCCACAAAGGACCUUGCAAUGUACAAUAAAUUGUUUUUAGGAUGUUGAGCUAGGCUACUUCUGUUAACAACUGCAUUUAGAAUAGAUGCUUUAGACUUAGUAGUUACAUUAAACCUGCCAUUUUAAAGUACAAAAUGAGUAUGUUCUUUGAAGAUGGAAAAGCUGUUAAUGAUUACUUUAAGCAUUGUAAAAAAUAAAUGUAUUUGUACGGCUUCUAU